UCAACCACCAUCUUCAAUUUUGUCGUCACCUCUCUCCUUUCAUGGCGAACAGUCACGGCGGCGGAUGAACGUUGCAGGUGCUAUGAUGCUAUGGCAACCCUUCUCGGGCUGCUCUUGUUGCCAUCAUCGGCGAAGCAAACGCUCGGCGGAUUCCCGGAGGUGUCCCCGUUCGUGCAAUGCGGGGUUCAAGGUUUCACACGGUGUCGGUGGGUUUGGAAGUGCGCUCCUCGGCGGAAACAGCUCACUCGCUGCUAUGGAUUGCGUCUUGCGCGCCGGCGCAUUCGAAGCGUCUCGACUUCUGUGCCGCGGCUGGACGGAAGACUGUAUGGACGGACAGCUCCAAAUUUAAUUGUCGUCGACAGAUUUAUAGGAUGCCUCGGUGGAUGUGAAGGCCACCCCACGAUGACCCGCAGUCAACUGGUUGCAGCCGCAGCCCUCCUGGGCCUGGCCAACCACGCAUACUUCCGGCGGUAUGAGCCACAAACUGCGCACUACCCUCUCGCGGCGCUUCUCCUCCAGCCAAUCGCACUCAUGCUCACUCUUCCCGACGCAAGCCUCACGCUCCCGAACGCCCUGAUUGCGAGCAUCAGCUUCCUUGGAACGCUCUCGGCCUCCAUCGUGGCCUACCGGCUGUCGCCCUUCCACCCCCUCGCACACGUACCAGGCCCGCUACUCGCGAAGAUCAGCAAGCUUUGGGGCGUCAACGCUGUCCUCAGCAGUCGGCGACACCUCAUCUUGAAGCGUCUGCAUGACGAGUACGGCGACAUCGUGCGAAUCGGCCCCAACGAAGUCUCCGUCAUCCACGCUGACGGGAUCCGCGCCGUUCUCGGAAGCAGCGGCUUUCCCAAGGGCCAAUACUACGAACCAUGGACGGACCCGACGCUUCCCGCGCGCAACCUGCUUACGCUGCGCGGGGAUGCCCACGCCAACCGCCGGCGAAUCUGGAACCGGGCGAUGAGUACAGCGUCGAUGAAGGACUUCGAGGCAAUCUUAGCGAACCGUAUCACGCAGCUGCUGGGUCGACUGGAUGAGUUUGCGGAGCAGGAGGAGCCUUUCGAUAUUGCGGCGUGGUUCAGCUAUCUGACGGUUGACUUCAUGGGUGAUAUGGCAUUUGGAGGCGGCUUCGAGUUGCUGCGCGACGGGCGGGACAGCGAGGGCAUAUUUUCAAUUCUCAAGGUUGGCGUCAAAGCGAUGUCGAUUCUCUCGCAGGUGCCCUGGCUAACGCCGUCGCUUGCUCUUCUUCCAGGCUCGAAGAAUGCUACGAAGAAGAUUCACGCGUUCACGCUGAGCAGGGCGAAGGAGCGCGUCCGGGCAGGUCCGCAGGGACAUAAGGACUUGUGGUACCAUUUGAUGGAUGAAGACGGCCAUGAGAAGACGAAGCCGUCCAUGCCAGAAGUCCUCAUUGACGGUGGCCUCACAAUUGUCGCGGGAUCGGACACGUCUUCGAUGGCCCUCAACGCAUUCAUGUGGUGCAUCCUCGCGCACCCAGACAUCUAUGCCCGCGCACAGGCGGAAGUUGACGCUGUCUACCCGGAAGGUGAGGGCAUGUUGAGCUCAGACCGGCACGCCGAGCUCCCAUUCCUCAACGCCUGCUUCCAAGAAGCCCUCCGACUCUACCCGCCGGUGCCGAGCGGCGGAGGCCGUCGCGUCCCUGCGGGUGACGCCCGGCUUGUCGGGGACACGCUGAUACCCGACGGCACACAGGUCUUCCUCCCGCACUAUGUAAUCCACCGCAGCGCCGCAAACUUCGCGCCGGCGCCUGACUCGUUUGACCCCGACCGGUGGCUUCGCGCCGAGCACGCGGGGCACGUGCACAACGCGGCCGCCUUCAUCCCGUUCUCGUAUGGCGCGGCGAACUGCGCAGCGAAGCACCUCGCCUGGCGCGAACUCCUCAUGACCGCGAGCGCAGUGCUCAGACGAUACGACGUCCGCUUCGCGCAAGGGGGACGGUUGCCGCCCGGAGGAAGGGGUUAA